GAAGGGGGCAAGGAGAGAACAGUCGCAGGUGGUGGUUCGAGAACAAUUGUUAUAGGGGGUAUAUGACGUACACAUAUAUAUGUAUACAUAUGAACGAAAAUGUCGCUAGCGCUAGCAAGGCGAGGGCGAAAUGCUCAGCGAAUCGAUCGUUACUCGAAAGCGUCCUGCGCGCUAAUCGCUCUACUGACGCUAGUAUUCGCCCAUAUUUUACUUGCCUUCAGUUUACCAUAGUCAACAACGUAGAAGACUUUUCCAAGCACGUUUUAGAAGAAAUUUUUUUUUCUUUCGUUUUCACAAGAAGAAGAGGCAAAAAAAGUUGAAAAUAAUGAAGGACGAGGUGAAAAUGGAUGCGAAUCGCUUAAUAGCGGAAGUUUACAAAAGACCGGCUCUUUGGAACCAGAGACACAUCUCUUAUCACAAUCGAGAAGUGACCAAUAGAGUUUGGCUGGAAAUUGCAACGAUCUUCAAACUUCCAAAACCAGUUUUGAAAGCAAAAUGGAAAGGUCUUCGAGACACUUUUCGAGCCGAAUUGAAAAAAGAAUUGGUCUAUCAAAAAAGCAAUUAUCAUCGAAAUCGUCCCGUUUGGAUUCAUUUCAAGAGCCUUCAGUUUCUAAAGGAACAAAUGGUACCCCGACCACCAAUUUGGGAACGUAAUUGCUCUCGUAAUUCGGACAAUGAUCAUUCGAAUGAAAUGGACACUGAUCAGAAUGGAAGUUCCACUAAUAAAGUGUCGAAUGUUGAUGAGAAUUCAACUCUUGAUCUUGUCAAUGGUGACACACAAAUAAAUCUCGAUGGCAUUCAUCAAGUUGAAGUGAAACAAGAACCAGAGGAACAAUUUCAAAGUCUUGAAUUUCAUAAUGUCUCGGAGAAUCUUGCUGAUAAUGAGAUGAUGCUACAAAAUCUAUCGCCUGAACAAGUUCUUAUGGCCGAUGCAGAUUCAAUGAACGGCCUCAAUGUCGAUCCUCUCGAAGGAAAUCGUUGCGAUGAUAAUUAUUUCUUUUUAAUGAGCCUAUUACCUCACAUAAGAACUUUGCCGGCCGAGCGAAGAAUGCUUCUCAGGAUGCAAAUGCAAGAACUGGUUUACAAGGAAGUUUACAAAAAGAGUAGUAGUAGCAGUGAAAGAGAAUCUACCCCUUGA